AAAAGCCGCCGCAAACCGCAAAAACUCACCGCAAAACGCAAAAUGAUCCUCACAACAUGCGCCGCCUGCGCCGCCCCACUGGCCCACGACGCGCCGCGAUGUGUUAGAUGUCACACUCGCUAUUGUAACGCCACUUGCCAGCAUGACCACUGGCGCCGCGGCCACAAGCAGAUGUGUAAGAAAAUACACCGCGGCGGCAACGCAGAACAGUAUAAUGCAGACAAAAAAUACAAGGAGGCCGUCGCGGUCGCGGUCGAGGCGUGCGCGGACGACACGAAGGGCCAGACGUGCUUCAUCUGCACCCAGGCUCUCCACUGGAAAACAAAGGAGGGCCUCGUGCGCGGGUGCGCGUGCCGCGGGACGGCGGGCUUUGCGCAUGUGUCGUGCUUGGCGGAGCAGGCGAAGAUUUUGGUCGCGGAGGUCGAGGAGAAUAAUUUGGGCAAUGAUGCGUUUAAUGCGCGGUGGCGGCGGUGGGCCAGCUGUAGCUUAUGCGAGCAGGAGUACCACGGCGUCGUGCGGUGCGCGCUCGGGUGGGCUUGCUGGAAGACGUACGUGGGGCGGCCAGAGACGGACGCUCCUCGGCAAAUCGCGAUGAACCAGCUUGGGAACGGUUUACAACUUGCAAAUUACAACGAGGACGCGUUGUCUGUGCAAGAGGCCGAGCUGGCUAUGAAGCGGCGCCUUGGCGCGUCAGCAGGACACGUGCUCGCCGUGCAGGGCAAUAUUGCGAACACGUAUCAAAAGAUUGGACGGCUCGAACAGGCCCUGCAGAUGCGGCAAGACGUUUACUCCGGGACAGUUAUGGUCCGCGGGAGGGAACAUAUAGACAGCCUCGCAGCAGCCAACAACAACGCGUCGACCCUUAAUUGUCUAAGGCGCUACGGAGAAGCCAAGACGUUGCUGCGCGACUUGAUUCCCGUGACGCAACGCGUUCUUGGCGAGGGCCAUCUAAUCACGCUCAAAAUGCGGUGGCUUUACGCGAUGGCGCUCCACCACGCCGACGACGCCGCCACACUCGACGAUCUCCGCGAGGCCGUGACGACGCUUGAGGACUCGGAGCGGAUCGCGCGGCGCGUGUUCGGUGGUGCACACCCGACCACAGACUGUAUUGAACUCGAGUUGCGAGACGCGCGAGCGGCGCUCCGCGCCCGCGAGGCGUCGCCGGGGGGCCAGUAA